AUGGCUGUUCACAAAAGUUUAACUUCAAGCUUCCUAUUGAUAUUGUGGAUACUAAUCUGCACAAACACUGAAGCAGCAAGUAAAAGCAGAACUAUUCACAUUCUGAGUCUGCUUCCAUCAAGCCCAGACUCACCCUCUCAGAGUGAUGGCCCUGCAAUCUCAUUGGCACUGGAUAUGGCAAAGAAGCAGAUCAACAGUCAGAUAGAAAUACUACCAGAUUAUCGAAUAGAACUGGUCCACGAAGACAGCGUCUGCAAUAACUCAGCUAAAGCAUACCAAGCAAUUUUGAGAACGUACUACAAUGAACAAACUGUUAUUGGUGUGAUUGGUCCUGGUUGCUCAAGCUCCACUCUAGCUUUGUUGAGCCGCAAAGAGAUUUCUUUGGUGACUUUACACGGUGGAGGAAGCCCUGCACUGUCCAAUAGAAUCAAGUUCCCCUACGCAUUAGGAUCACUUGGAUCAAAUGAAGGAUUUACUCGCUUUGCUGUAAAGUUAAUGCAAAAGAGCAAUUGGUCAAGAAUUGGAGUUUUAUUUGAUGAAUCUGAUACUUCCAACUUGAUGACAAUCAACACGUUGUUGAAAGAGGUCAUAACACUAUCUAAUGAAGGAUUCUUUUCCUCCGUUUCUGAAACGUAUCUACCACUAUCAGAUAUCACCAGAACAUAUCUCCGUGUAAUCUUUCUCUUUACCCCUGUAGCAAUCACCCAGAGAGUGCUUUGCCUAGCCCAACAUCAAGGGAUGGUAUAUGAUGAGUAUCAAUGGAUUGUUGUUGGAAAUACAUUUGAUGAAGUGGCUCAAGACAUUACCUUCUCUUAUGAUCAUAAAGAGUACAAUUGCUCUAAAGAAACUAUGAAAACCAUCACACUCAAUGGAGUUUAUUUUCUCGAGUUCAAAAUUUCUUCACUAAAUGAAUCAACUGCAUCCACUUAUUCCAGAUACUCUUUUGCUAAGUAUGAUCAACGAUUACGUGAUAGGAUUGAAAACUACAACUCACAGAAGUCAAUGGCGUUCAACAUUUCCUAUUCUUUUCGAACCACAUACUUCUACGAUUCACUAUGGGCGUGGGCAGUAGUUUUGGACAGACUCACAAAGAAACACUCCAGCUUGGACCUUACUGGUCAAAAAUACGGCAACACCACGUUAUCAGAUAUGAUUGUUGAUGAAUUCUACAGCUUAGACUUCAGUGGAGUGUCAGGAAGAAUCAAGUUUAACAAUUCUACUGGAUUUUUGACAAGAAUGAUAUCAUUAUUUCAAGUAAUAGAUGAAAUGCCAAUGCUGGUUUCCCACUACGAUGGAGAGUCAUUUAUGCAGAACUGGUCCACGAAGACAGCGUCUGCAAUAACUCAGCUAAAGCAAUACCAUGCAAUUUUGAAAACUUACUACAAUGAGCAAACUGUUAUCGGUGUGAUUGAUCCUGGUUGCUCAAGCUCCACUCUAGCUUUGUUGAGCCGAAAAGAGAUUUCUUUGGUGACUUUACACGGUGGAGGAAGCCCUGCACUGUCCAAUAGAAUCAGGUUUCCCUACGCAUUAGGAUCACUUGGAUCAAAUGAAGGAUUUGCUCACUUUGCUAUAAAGUUAAUGCAAAAGAGCAAUUGGUCAAGAAUUGGAGUUCUAUUUGACGAAUCUGAUACUUCCAACUUGAUGACAAUCAACACGUUGUUGAAAGAGGUCAUAACACUAUCUAAUGAAGGAUUCUUUUCCUCAGUUUCUGAGACGUACAUACCACUAACAGAUAUCACCAGAACAUAUCUCCGUGUAAUCUUUCUCUUCACCCCUGUAGCAAUCACCCAGAGAGUGCUUUGCCUAGCUCAACAUCGAGGGGUGGUAUACGGUGAGUAUCAAUGGAUUGUUGUUGGAAAUACAUUUGAUGAAGUGGCUCAAGACAUUACCUUCUCUUAUGACAAUAAAGAGUACAAUUGCUCUGAAGAAGACAUGAAAACCAUCGCACUCAAUGGAGUUUAUUUUCUCAAGUACAGACUAUCUUCACUAAAUGAAUCAACUGCAUCCACUUAUUCCAGAUACUCCUUUGCUAAGUAUGAUCAACAAUUACGUGAUAGGAUUGAAAACUACAACUCACAGAAAUCAAUGGCAUUCAACAUUUCCUAUUCUUCUCGAACCACACACUUCUACGAUUCACUAUGGGCGUGGGCAGUGGUUUUGGACAGACUCACAAAGAAACACUCCAGCCUGGACCUUACUGGUCAAAAAUAUGGCAACACCACAUUAUCAGAUAUGACUGUUGAUGAAUUCUACAGCCUAGACUUCAGUGGAGUAUCAGGAAGAAUCAAGUUUAACAAUAAUUCUGGAUUUUUGACAAGAAUGAUAUCUUUAUUUCAAGUAAUAGAUGGAAUGCCAAUGCUGGUUGCCCACUACGAUGGAGAGUCAUUUACGAAGGUCGGACCAUUUGUUAGCAUUCCUGACCGCUUUGAAGACAAAGUUUCAACUGUUAAUGAUGGGAUAAUUCCCGUUUUUCUUAUCUUUGCAACAAUGGAGUUGAUAGCCGUAGUAUUCCUUCACGUAAUGACGAUCAAGUACCGAUCUCACCCCUCCGUUAAAGCGUCAAGUAUUUUGCUAAGCCAACUCAUUUACUUGGGAUGCUAUCUUAACUUGCUUAACUUGUUUUUCAUUAUAAUACAGAGUCAUAGCCAAAUUGACGGGCCUUCUACUGAAAUACUUCAAAAUUUAAUCACACCCUGGUUGCAUCCUAUCUCAGUUACGGUGAUAAUUGGCACUGUAGGAGCUCGUACUUGGAGAUUGCAUCGUAUAUUUGUACACUAUCUCAAACCAGGUAGAUUCAUUGCUAAUAAGUACUUGAUUAUUCUUGUGCUCUUUUUGGUUUUUAUUGACGUCAUAUUGGGCACUCUCUGGACUGCUAUUGACCCUUUGAAACUGCAUGUAAUGUACCUGAAAACCGAUGCUGGUCAAAUUGUUGUGCGACACUGGAAAAGUACCCAUGAUGCUGUGUGGUAUGCAUUAGGGUAUGUAUACAAGGUACUGAUUUACUUGAGUGUGGUUGUACUGGCUUUAUUAACUCGUUCUAUUCGAAAUCAAUCCUUUUCUACUAAAGCACUUCGAACGUUCUCCUAUUUGGUUGGAAUUGUUUUUUUUAUGGGAUUUGCAAUACAACAUCUGUAUCGCCUUAACCUUGCAAAUAAUGAGGAUACUCUUGUCAGGAUUCCAUUUAUUAUCGUUUUUAUUUUGUAUAGCAUUCUCAUCCUGCUUUUUAUUCUAUUGGUCGGUCUUCCUCCACUCGUCCCCAUAUUACGAGAUCUGUUUCGCAAGUAUCUACCUACUCAAAGAUUUAGACUCUGUAAAAGAGCUGCUCGAUCUUAAGGACACGCUUCGACAAAUAAUAUGUAGUGAGAACAAUUUGUCUCAUAUUAAUUAACCCUUAGGCCAAGCAAAGUCAAUUUGUAGUUUCUCAGGCUAUUAUUCCUAAAAUAGCAAGCGGAUUGAGGUAUUUGAUAGAUAUUAAUGAUAAUGAUAUUCAUAGAAAUUUAAUUGAAAACACACCCCUAACUUCCUCAAUAAGCGGAAGUGCAUAAUUUUCACUAUUAAUUUUAGUCAUAAUUAUAUUCAUAACCAAAAAACCAUACAAAUUUAUCCUUUUCUUUUCUUUUAGUGCCUUUAAUUUGAGGUCACGUGAUAUUUAACUUUUUUGUAAAGCUGCCAAUUUCCAAGCGGGAGGGCCUGAGAAACUACAAAUUGACUUUGCAUGGCCUUAGUUGAGUUAGGGAUAGUUCCCAUGCCUAUACUACAGUGUACUUUGAGCAUGCACAUUUUUAAUAUGGAAUGAGUACACUGUUUUCUCCAAUUGCAAAAGAAUUACACAGUGAUUGAUCACGAUUAAAUGCAAAAAAUAAAUAUGGG